GUUAAGGCUUUCUUAGUCAUGUUCAUUUAGUUGAAUUUGAAAAUCCGAAAUGAUUACAUCUAACGUGACGAUGACAAUGAAAGAGUUCCCUAAUAAUUCAAACCAAAGUAAUAUGUUAACGAACAUGGGUGACAAUCUUAUGGAUGGAGCAACCACUGACCUUUACCUUGACCCCCUUCUAAUUGGGGUAAUAUGUAUAUGUGCAUUAGUUAUUUUCUUUGUAAUGUGCUACUGUAAAAUAAGAAAUACACCUAAUGACAAUUAUGAAGUGACAUGGACGUCUACGUAUUUAAGCACUGCACCAGAAAGCGUCACCGUAUUAAAUGCAUACCAGAUUGAGAAAAAGUCAAAUUCUAGAGACUACCAAAGUAAAGAAACAGAACAAUUCAUAAUUUAG